GGGCCGGACAGUGAGGGCGGCGGCUGCGUGGUGGGGCCUGGGCGGGACUUAGGGUGGCUAUUGGCCAGGGCGGGCCGAGAGCGGAGACGCGAUUGGUCGGAGCCAGGGGCGCCAUGGUGGGGCCGGAGCUGCGCGGUCUCAGCAGCUGCAGGAGACGGAAGUGGUGAGAGCGCGGCCUUCGGAGGGUCGGGCGGACGCCGCCUGGUGAAAAGCAGGCAGCCAGGAUCCUCACCACGGUAGAAUGGGUGAGGAGGGCCCCCCCAGCCUGGAGUACAUCCAAGCCAAGGAUCUGUUCCCUCCCAAGGAGCUGGUGAAGGAGGAGGAAAAUCUGCAGGUUCCCUUCACAGUGCUGCAGGGUGAGGGAGUAGAGUUCCUGGGCCGCGCAGCUGAUGCCCUCAUUGCCAUCUCCAACUACCGACUGCAUAUCAAGUUCAAGGACUCUGUUAUCAACGUCCCCCUCCGAAUGAUUGAUAGUGUGGAGAGCCGUGACAUGUUCCAGUUGCAUAUUGCCUGCAAGGACUCCAAAGUGGUGAGGUGCCACUUCUCCACUUUUAAGCAGUGCCAGGAGUGGCUCUCUCGGCUCUGCCGGGCCACUGCAAGACCUGCCAAGCCUGAGGACCUCUUUGCCUUUGCCUACCAUGCCUGGUGCCUGGGACUGACCGAGGAAGACCAGCAUACACACUUGUGUCAGCCAGGAGAGCAUAUAAGAUGUCGGCAGGAGGCGGAGCUCACCAGGAUGGGCUUUGACCUGCAGAAUGUCUGGAGAGUCUCUCAUAUCAACAACAACUACAAACUGUGUCCCAGUUACCCCCAGAAGCUGCUGGUUCCCGUGUGGAUCACUGAUAAAGAGCUGGAGAAUGUGGCUUCCUUCCGCUCCUGGAAGCGGAUCCCUGCUGUUGUAUAUAGACACCUGCGCAACGGGGCAGCCAUUGCCCGCUGUAGCCAGCCUGAGAUCAGCUGGUGGGGCUGGCGCAAUGCAGAUGAUGAAUACCUGGUCACAUCCAUCGCGAAAGCCUGUGCCCUGGACCCAGGAACAAGGGUCUCUGGAGCCUCUGUCAGCACUGGGAAUAGUGAUGCCAGUGAGGCAUGUGACACUGACUUCGAUUCUUCUCUGACGACAUGCUCUGGAGUGGAGAGCACAGCGGCACCUCAGAAGCUGCUGAUCCUGGAUGCUCGAUCCUACACAGCAGCAGUGGCGAACCGGGCCAAAGGUGGAGGCUGUGAAUGUGAAGAAUACUACCCCAACUGUGAGGUUGUGUUCAUGGGAAUGGCCAACAUCCACGCCAUCCGGAAUAGCUUCCAUUACCUGCGGGCUGUGUGUAGCCAGAUGCCAGAUCCUAGCAACUGGUUGUCAGCCCUGGAGAGCACCAAGUGGCUGCAGCACUUGUCAGUGAUGCUGAAGGCCGCUGUGCUCGUGGCUAAUACAGUAGACCGGGAGGGCCGACCUGUAUUGGUACAUUGUUCGGAUGGCUGGGACCGCACACCACAGAUUGUAGCCCUGGCCAAAAUACUAUUGGACCCGUAUUACAGGACACUGGAGGGCUUUCAAGUAUUAGUAGAGUCUGACUGGCUGGAUUUUGGACACAAGUUUGGAGAUCGCUGUGGCCACCAGGAGAAUGCAGAGGACCAAAACGAACAGUGCCCUGUAUUCCUCCAGUGGCUAGAUUCUGUUCAUCAGUUGCUCAAGCAGUUCCCUUGCCUGUUCGAGUUCAAUGAGGCUUUCUUGGUUAAACUGGUACAGCACACGUACUCUUGUCUCUAUGGCACGUUCCUGGCCAACAACCCCUGUGAGCGAGAAAAGCGCAACAUCUAUAAGAGGACCUGCUCUGUGUGGGCCCUUCUGCGAGCUGGCAACAAGAACUUUCAUAACUUCCUCUAUACACCUGGCUCGGACAUGGUCCUGCAUCCUGUGUGUCAUGUUCGGGCCUUGCACCUCUGGACAGCUGUUUAUUUGCCAGCAUCAUCUCCUUGCACACUUGGAGAAGAGAACAUGGACCUUUACCUUUCCCCAGCAGCUCAGAGCCAGGAGUUUGCAGGUCGCUCCCUGGAUCGAUUGUCUAAAACCAGAUCAAUGGAUGAUCUUCUUUCUGCUGGUGAUACAAGCAGCCCCCUCACUCGUACAUCCAGUGACCCUAACCUGAAUAACCACUGUCAGGAGGCCCGUGUAGGCCUGGAACCCUGGCACAGCAAUCCUGAGGGGUCAGAGACAUCUUUUGUGGAACCUGGAGCAGGAGGUCCUCAGCAGACUGUAGAAGAAAUGGGUCUUUCUUCCCCUCAGCCCAACAGCCAGAACGACUGUGUGAGCAAUAUGCCUUCCAAGAGUCAGAAAAGCUGUUCUUUAAGUAACAAACUGCUUAAUACUACAGAGUUCCAGGAGGUGGAGAGCAGCACCUCUGAUCCUGAAAUCAAAGACCUGGGACAGACUUUGGCGCCAGCUCCAGACCCUACUGUCCAGGAUGAGCGGGAUAGGACUUUCGUUGGCAUAGGAGGACCACCUGAACUUUGUCCUGAGAAAGAAGCUGUCAGUGCACUCUCUAAAGUUGUCUCUGACAAGUGUGAGGGAAUUUGUGGUUUUCCUGAAUCUGUCCAGGAUCCCCUUAUCAGCACUUCCCAACAGGCCAAGUUGGACUCUGUGCUGGGUGUGCCCUCCAAUUGUGUUCCGGAUCACAGUUUGGGGACCCUUUGUAACCCACCAAGUGCUACCUGCCAAAUUCCUGCACAUCCAAGCACUGACAUUCUCAGCCAACAUCAGUCAGUGUCUGCGGCACAUAUCUCCCAUCAGGAACAGCGAAGCUCUACGCCAGAUAUGGUUCAUGGGGAGGAAGACACUGGCAAAAAAGGGACUAAUAGGAAUGGGCAGUUAUUGGAAAACCCUUGCUUGGGAAAAGUGCCAUUGGAAUUGAUUCGAAAGCCAAUUUCUCAGAGCCAGAUCAGCGAGUUCUCUUUUUUGGGGUCCAACUGGGACAGCUUCCAAGGGAUGGUGACUUCAUUACCGAGUGGGGAGACCACCCCUCGGCGACUGCUUUCCUAUGGCUGUUGUAGCAAGAGGUUGAGCAGUAAGCAGGUGCGAGGACCAGGGUCCUGCUUUGGGGGCCAGUGGGCUCAGAGAGAAGGUGUGAAGUCACCCGUCUGUCCUAGUCAUUCCAAUGGGCAUUGUACUGGUCCAGGAGGGAAAAACAACCGAAUGUGGUUGUCCAGUAAUUCAAAGCAGGUUUCCAGCACAAAGCCUGUUGCCCUGAGCUGUCCUUCUCCGGUGCCUCCUCUCUACCUGGAUGAUGAUGGACUCCCCUUUCCCACGGAUGUGAUCCAGCACAGAUUACGGCAAAUUGAAGCAGGGUAUAAGCAAGAGGUGGAACAGCUACGUCGACAGGUGCGAGAGCUUCAGAUGAGACUGGAUAUCCGGCACUGCUGUGCCCCUCCAGCAGAACCCCCCAUGGACUAUGAGGAUGAUUUUACGUGUUUGAAGGAGUCGGAUGGGAGUGAUACAGAAGAUUAUGGCUCUGAUCAUAGUGAAGAUUGCCUUUCAGAAGCAAGCUGGGAACCUGUGGAUAAGAAAGAGACGGAGGUGACUCGAUGGGUUCCAGACCAUAUGGCAUCACACUGCUAUAAUUGUGAUUGUGAAUUUUGGUUGGCUAAACGAAGACACCAUUGCAGAAAUUGUGGGAAUGUAUUUUGUGCUGGCUGCUGCCACCUGAAGUUGCCCAUUCCUGAUCAACAACUCUAUGACCCAGUUCUCGUCUGUAACUCCUGUUACGAACACAUCCAAGUUUCUCGUGCCAGGGAACUCAUGAGCCAGCAUCUGAAGAAACCCAUUGCUACAGCUUCCAGUUGAAUGCUAGAGAUGACCUGUCCAACUUUAGCAGGUUUGAAGGGAGAAUCUGCUCCUGGUAUAGUUUUAAAGGUUCCGUGGUGUGGCUCCUGAAAUUGCAGAGCUCAGAGAUACCUUCUUGAGAAAUCCUCCUUGGUACCAUGAGACUGGAGCAGUUCUAAUUUGGCAGGUGGUCUCGAUUAGUGAGACCCUCAUCUUGCAGUAACCGGUCCUGAUUCAGACCCAGAGUCUGGAAGCUUAAUGUUGAGUUGGUGACUCCAGGUUCUUUGGGGGGAUCAGUAUCAGAUGAUGAUUUCAUAAAUACUGCCUGGCGAUACGUGCCCCAAACAGCAAUAGAAAGGCAUCUGUAUAACCAAACUCCAAGUGGUAACCAGACCCAUCUCUCCUCCAUCUUGACAAAGCAGAUUAUAGUAUAUAAGAUAGGAUUCCUAUCCUGUUUGAAAUGAACUAUUUCCCUGUACCUCUGUGCUCUGUGUCUGUGCAUGAAGGCUCAGUCUUUAGAGGCACCCCCUCUAGUUGCAUUAGUUCUGUCUUUCUGUGGAGUUUGGUUUAAAGACUGGUUCAGCAAGUAGAGGUUUGCUGGGUUUCUUUGUUGGUUUGUUUUUUCACUUGGCUUCUUGGCCAGCAUCAGUGAAUUUUUAGUUAAGGGGGAGAGUUCCAGGGCGUGAGACAUUUUGGAGAGCAGAUGGAAACUCUGCUCUGGGUCAGUCCUGGCAAACAUCAGUUCUUCUGAACUGUGAAGGCUGCGGUCUCUGUUACUCAGUGGCAGCUCUUGAGGUAUGCACUGUGAAUGAGAAAGGAAAAGCAGAAGUUAUUCUUGUGACAUAUUUGCUAAUUGUGCCCCCUCCCCUACCCACGCCUGACUUUCCCUAGUUGUCCUGGUGCUAACACAGGAGCUAUACACCUUGAUCCUCUCCUGGCAUGAAAAUAAAACAAUGUUUUGUUUGUUUGUUUUUAUUGUUGUUCCAUUGCCCACUUCCCUCGUGUUGUCUUUCCUUUGGCUGCUGCCUCCUCUGGGUCACACUGCUUCUUAUCCUGAACACUUGACACCUUGAGGGUAGAAUUUAGUGUUUGGUUUUUUUACCUCCUAGAAUAUACUGUUUGGUAUGUGAGGGUUUCAGUACAAAUGCUGCUGUCUAUUUCUGUGCACUUAACAAUGGAACCCAAACAGAAGAGAAUAAAGCCUUGAUACCAAAAUUGGGAGACAAAAUGUGUCCAUUUGGACCAAAUUUUUUUUUUUCCCAAUCUUAAUAUGUACCAGUGGCACUUAACCAAAAGAUACAGUGACAUAGCCAUGUACUCCGGUUGGGACAGAUACAGUCUCCUUGACCUAUAAUGAAACCACUAGGAUUUCCUUUAUACAUUUUCCUUCCUUUGUUGGUGUAUAAAAGCUAAAUUACAUUUAGGCUUAUCCUGUUUUAAAACAAUGGUAGCUGUCUGUGUAACCGCUACUUUUAUGUUGCUUCUUAGAAAAAAAAAUUUUUUUCAUUUGAAAACAAUUAGGAUCUGCAUUUAGAACAAGAAUUGUGAUUUAUUCUGGCCUUUUCUUCAGUCCUACGGGGAAGCAUCUAUGCUUUUAUUACUUGCCAUGGAUGUAACCUAAAAAGUUUUGGCAUAUUUAGGUCAGUGUAGAAGAACUUUUUUGUUUAAAUGGAGUUGAGUAAUGGAAAUUUUGUGUCUGGGAAAUUCCUGAAAUUCCUGAAAAAAAAAUAUUCUUUGUCUCUGAUACAUAAAAUUCUUCUAAGCAUCUUCUCAAUCAUUAAAAUUGACUGCCAGUUGUGAGUGGCUUUUUAAUUAUCUUGACUUUCAUUGCACUGCACUCUGCCUGUUUUCAGGGGGAGUAAGAUUGGUAAUAUUUGAGGAGACUGUAUCUGUCUACUUUGGCUGUUUUGAGAAACUAUCCCAUCAGUAAACAUACUGCAUGGCCUUGGAGAGACACUCUGGGCUCUUGGCUCAGAUGUAUUCAUCAAAUACUCCUUUCAGAGCUCUUGUGGGUGUACGUGACAUGAUGUGGCCAAAAAUUCAAACUGUGCAGUUGCGUUGUGACAAACAUGCAAUGUGCUGUAAAAUCUCAAUACAAUUUAAAUAAAAUCUCUAUAUUA